UCGAUAUUCAAAUUCUCCCAGAGGAUAGGGGACAGAAAUUUGGACAAAUGGAAGAAGAGGCCAGUGAACAGAUGCGACCCCUCUUGACAUCCGGGAACGAUGAUGAGGCGGUGGUGGACCUGGGGAAGACAAGCUCCACCAUUCACACCAACUUUGAGAAAGAGGAGCUAGAGAGUCACAGAGCGGUCUAUGUGGGCGUCCAUGUUCCUCUGGGCAGAGAGACCAAACGAAGGCACCACCGCCACCGCGGCCACAGACACCACCGCAAGAGGAGAGACCGCUCGGACCGUGAAGAUGGACGAGAGUCUCCUUCCUAUGACACCCCGUCCCAGCGGGUCCAUUUCAUCCUGGGGACAGAGGAUGAUGAUGAAGAGCACAUGCCCCACGACCUGUUCACUGAGCUGGACGAGCUGUUCUUCCGGGACGGACACGUCUACGAGUGGAGGGAGACAGCCAGGUGGUUAAAGUUUGAGGAAGACGUGGAGGAUGGAGGGGAGCGUUGGAGUAAGCCCUAUGUAGCCACGCUGUCUCUACACAGCCUCUUCGAGCUCCGCAGCUGCAUCCUCAACGGCACUGUCAUGUUGGACAUGAGAGCUAACACUAUUGAGGAGAUCGCAGACAUGGUGAUAGACAGCAUGGUGGCGUCAGCUCAGCUGGAGGAGGGGUUGAGGCAGAAGGUGAGGGAGGCCAUGUUGAAGAGACACCACCACCAGAACGAGAAGAAGCUCAGCAACCGCAUCCCUCUGGUGCGCUCCUUCGCUGACAUCGGCAAGAAACAAUCUGACCCACACCUGCUUGAGAGAAACGGCCUCCUGGCAUCCCCCCAGUCAGCUCCUGGGAACCUGGAGAACAGUAAACCGAGUGAGAGCCGCAUCAACGGAGGAAGCAGAGAGAACAGCACUGUGGAUUUCAGCAAGGUGGACAUGAACUUCAUGAAGAAGAUCCCUCCGGGGGCGGAGGCGUCCAACGUGCUGGUGGGAGAGGUGGAAUUCCUGGAGCGACCAAUCAUAGCCUUCAUCAGGCUGUCCCCCGCCGUGCUGCUCACUGGUCUCACUGAGGUGCCCGUACCCACCAGGUUCCUGUUCCUGCUGCUGGGUCCGUUUGGGAAGGGUCCUCAGUACCACGAGAUCGGCCGCUCCAUCGCCACACUGAUGACAGACGAGGUCUUCCAUGAUGUAGCGUACAAGGCCAAAGACCGGAACGAUCUGCUGUCAGGGAUAGAUGAGUUUCUUGACCAGGUGACCGUCCUACCCCCAGGAGAGUGGGACCCUACGAUACGAAUCGAGCCCCCCAAGAGUGUCCCAUCUCAGGACAAGAGGAAGAUGCCCUCAUUGCCCAACGGCUCUGCCCAUAAUGAGUCCUUCAAGGAAGACCAGCACCAAGCAGGACCAGAGCUACAGAGGACAGGGAGGAUCUUUGGGGGCCUGGUGAUGGAUGUAAGGAGGAAAGCUCCGUUCCUGUGGAGAGAUAUUAGGGAUGCUCUGAGCCUGCAGUGCCUGGCCUCUGUACUGUUCCUCUAUUGUGCCUGCAUGUCCCCUGUCAUCACUUUCGGAGGCCUGCUGGGCGAGGCCACCAAGGGAAACAUCAGUGCGAUCGAGUCGUUGUUCGGGGCGUCUCUGACGGGCGUGGCCUUCUCCAUGUUUGCGGGCCAGCCACUCACCAUCCUGGGCAGCACCGGACCAGUCCUGAUCUUUGAGAAGAUCCUCUUCAAGUUCUGCAGUGACUACGACCUGUCCUACCUGUCCUUGAGGACCAGCAUCGGCCUGUGGACGGCCUUCCUGUGCCUCGUCCUGGUUGCCACGGACGCUAGCUCCCUGGUCUGUUACAUCACCCGCUUCACGGAGGAAGCCUUCGCAGCGCUCAUCUGCAUCAUCUUCAUCUACGAGGCCCUGGAGAAGCUGGUUCACCUGGGGGAACUCUACCCCAUCAACAUGAACAACAAGCUGGACAACCUCACCUUCUACAUAUGUCAAUGUUCUCCGCCGGUUAACGCCACGCCUGAGAUCCAGCAGGUCUGGAACCACAGCGGGGUCGCACCAGAAUCCAUAUCUUGGACCCAACUGGAUGUCGAUGAGUGUUCUAGGCUGCGUGGGGAGUUUGUUGGGCCAGCUUGCGGCCUCCAUGGUCCCUACAUCCCUGACGUCCUCUUCUGGUCCGUCAUCCUCUUCUUCACUACCUUCUUCCUCUCCUCCUUCCUCAAGCAGUUCAAGACCAAGCUCUACUUUCCCACCAAGGUACGGUCGACCAUCAGUGACUUCGCGGUCUUCCUGACCAUCAUGAUCAUGGUCCUGGUGGACUACCUGGUGGGCAUUCCCUCCCCCAAACUGAAUGUGCCUGACCGCUUUCAGCCCACGUCUGAGAACCGUGGCUGGCUGAUCUCCCCGCUUGGGACCAACCCCUGGUGGACCAUGCUGGCUGCAGCCAUCCCUGCCCUGCUCUGCACCAUCCUCAUCUUCAUGGACCAACAGAUCACCGCCGUCAUCAUCAACAGGAAGGAGCACAAACUCAAGAAAGGCUGUGGCUACCACCUGGAUCUUCUGGUGGUGUCUGUGAUGCUGGGGGUGUGCUCCAUCAUGGGCCUGCCCUGGUUCGUAGCGGCCACCGUGCUCUCCAUCUCCCACGUCAACAGUCUGAAGCUGGAGUCAGAGUGCUCGGCCCCCGGGGAACAGCCCAAGUUCCUGGGGAUCAGAGAGCAGAGGGUCACCAGCUUCAUGAUCUUCAUCCUUAUGGGCUGCUCUGUCUUCAUGACCUCAGUGCUCAAGUUCAUCCCUAUGCCAGUCCUCUACGGGGUGUUUCUCUACAUGGGUGUGUCCUCACUCAAAGGCAUCCAGUUCUUUGACCGUAUCAAGCUGUUCUGCAUGCCAGCCAAGCACCAGCCGGACCUGAUCUACCUGCGCUACGUUCCCCUGUGGAAGGUCCAUGUGUUCACCCUGGUGCAGCUCACCUGCCUGGUGCUGCUGUGGGUCAUCAAGGCGUCCGCCGCCGCCGUCGUCUUCCCCAUGAUGGUGUUGGCCCUGGUGUUUAUACGGAAGCUGCUGGAUCUAUGUUUCACCAACAGGGAGCUGAGCUGGCUGGACGACCUGAUGCCUGAGAGCAAGAAGAAGAAGGAGGACGACAAGAAGAAGAAAGCCAAGGAGGAGGCUCAGCGCCUGCUGGAAGUGGAAGAGGGCAUAGCACACCCCUACGACGGGCCGGGCAUCCUCAAGACCCUCAAAGUCAGUUUGGACCCCUCUAUGGUAAACAUUUCUGAUGAAAUGGCCAAAACCGCCAAUUGGAAGUCUGUCUCCAUGAACUCUGACAGUGCCAAAGCUCUGAAACAUAGUGCCAGCCAGGCGAAGGUUUCCUGUGUGAAGAUAAACUUGGAGAAUGACCAGGGGGAGAAGUAUGGGGAUGCUGAGACCUCCUUAUGAGGGAGGGACGGGAGGAGCAGGGAGAGUGCCACGUCAGCCCCUAGCCCACCAGGUGGCGUUGUCCUCCUGUCCUCCCACACAGCAGGGGCCAGUGUCCUUCAUGGCCCUGUCCGUUGCCCUAACAGCUGCUACCAUACCAAUGCCAAGGGGGCACACAAAGACACAACCACUUCUACUUAGCCAUGUUUCUUUAGUUCUUAUUGUGAAAUUAGUACGAGGGAAAUUUGUCUUUUAAUUUGAUCAUCGUUUUAAGGUGAAAAAACAUUAACUUUAGAUUCAGGUGUGCCUUUUUUAAGGAACCACUUGGUCUUCUUGGAAUGACUUUCAUCAGGCUUUUUACCAACAUGUCCAUAGUCUGUCUCUGUGAUAUGGUGUACAGUCUGUCCUCGUAACAGUUCGAGGGCAAUGCAUUAUGAAUGCAUGUAGUGGCCUCUAUGGCCCUUAGUGCAUUAUAUUAGAAGAGUUGCUGUAAGCAUUUCAAACAAGACUGUCCCCAGGUGGUUCAUAGGAAGCAGUAGGCCUAACAGCAGUCCAAGCACCCCGGGUGGCUUGACCACAGCGACGGCUACUACUCACAGCACUCUAUCUGGCUCACUCUGAACAAUAGACACUUUCUGUUUGAGAAAGCAGGUGACGCUCAACAAAAGAUCCAAAUACAUUUAGAGCACAUAUUAGAUUUAAUGGUGGGUGUGUGGGCACUCGGGUGUGUGGGCACUCGGGUGUGUGGGCACUCGGGUGUGUGGGCACUCGGGUGUGUGGGCACUCGGGUGUGUGGGCACACGGGUGUGUGUACAAGUGUAAGAAACUUAAGAGCAGCUUAAGAUGGCUUUUCACAAUAUCAGAGUCAUGUGUACGAUGUGCUGUUGAUUCAGAUUAUCAGUCACAGUAGUUUGAAAGGCUGAAGAUGUUCUGUCAAAGUGAACAUGACAGACCACAGCAUAGCCCAUAGUUUGCAGAAUAUUUCUUGAAUUAAUUGGCAAACAUCUCUUACUAAUCUUAAACAAUCCCAAAUUGGAAACGGACUAUAAUAAGAUGAAGUUUCAAAAACACAUUUCUCGAUUGAGCGGUCUUGUUAUUUUGGAGUAAUGGUGUGUCCGUGUCCAUACAUACAUAAUGGUGGACUUGAAAGGAAGAAAAUAUGUAUAGAGUAAGUCUAUAGAGGUUUCUAAAACUGAUGCCUUCUUCAGGGCAGGUUUAAAGCUGUUCAAUAGUGUUACUGUACAUGGCUGUGGUAGCCUGGGUUUAAUCUAGUGUAGUGCACCUGCACCAAGGAGGUCUUACCAGAGCUGUAGCCUCCCCUUGGUUAUGAUGACGAGGGGAACCCACUUUUAUCCAUUUAAACGGUUUACAUCCAAUGGAAUAUUUUCUGUUAUGGGGUAUAUAUUUUAGAUUGUCUAUAUAUAUAUAUUUUUAUCAUUGUUAUUAUCUAUAUCAUUACAAAAUGUAAUGCAUUUAAUUUAUUUUGAAUUGGUCAGCGUUGCAGAGUUUGGGAGGGGGCGGGAGGAGGGGGCAGUGUCAUUGUUUGUUGCUGGCCGGUAAUUAAUGUUCUUUAUUUCCUGUCUUUAUAUCUGUGCACUUUAGAUACGCCUGCCGCACAACGAGAGGGGUGGGCAGGCUAUAUGUACCUUUUUAUACACAUGUAUCUAUUUAGAUCAGUCUCAGGAACCAAUGGGCUCAAUGAUGCCCUUGUCUCUUUCUCUCACCGUCUCUCUGUCAGUCUCUUUUUUUCUCUCGCUUUCUCCCUGCCUCUCUCUCUCGGCCUCUCUCUCUCGGCCUCUCCCUCUGUGUUGUCUCUCUCCCCCUCUCUCUGUGUUGUCUCUCUCCCCCUCUCUCUCUCUGUGUUGUCUCUCACUUUCACUCUGUUGCUCACUGACUGACUCCCUCAUUGUCAAUCCACUAGUGUUGCUAGAAGAUGUUGCUGUGUGUUUCUCUGCCCCUCCCUUUCAGCUGUAAACCCUUUUUUCCUAUUUGACACUGGACAACACUGUGAUAGGUGGGUUUCUCUGUGCUCUUCUUUUAUUGGCUAUUCUGUUGUAGGCUGUUUUGUAAAAAAAAAAAAAAAAAAAAAGAUCUUAA